GAAUUAGACUGAUGUUGUUCUUCAAUACUGUGAAAGGGUGAGGAGGAGGAGACUUUUCCUAGACAUCUGAGAACGUAAUCUAGUUUGCUUGCAAAUGGAUGUUUUUUUACCGGAGGCACAUACUUGCAAUUAUGCACUUUGAUGAGAAUUUCCAAAGCGGGCUGAAAUACAAUGAUGAUGGUUCCAUACAAUGAUGAUGGUUCUACUGUAAGGGCUGUGACCAUUCAGCAAAGUUUUGGAUAUGUUGAUGAAAUUUAUCAGGUCAUGGUAAAGGAAAUUGACAGUAAACAAAACAAAGCAGCAACUGGACUUGAAGCCUUGGCAUCACCUCCAAUGAAAAGAAUGAUGGAUAGACAAGAUAGAGAGGAGGCCCUUCAGAGGCACAUUGCCCGAAAAGAAAAGGUGACAGAGGAGGCUCCCUCCACAAAUCCAGUUGAAGUUGUGGAUGCAGUUGAGCCCAAUGAAACCAAAAAGCCAAGGCAACCACGUAUCAAAGCAUCAAUGAAGAAAAACCUUUAUAAAGUAACGGUGAAGCUGUCAAGUGAGUCUGGUAAUGUUUGUGCUGCUGCAUCUUCUUGUCCCGCUGGCAUUGGCCUUGGUGCUUUUGGCCACUCCAACCAUGUUGGUGGUAUUCUUUUUGCCUUGGAAGAUUUCAAUAGAUGUGGCUUACAAGAGUUUCCUUCUCCUGUAUCUUGCACCUCACGGCUUUCUGCCUGGAAUGUUCCGAAUUUCUCUUCCCUUGCUUUCUUUGCUGCAGCUCCCAUAGAGGAUGAUGCCACAAUAGGAAUUCAAAUAGCCUUUUAAAUAAAAAGGAAGGGGGCAUGUGCCCAUUGUCUCCCCUAGUUCCUUGUUUGUUCUUUUCACACAAAUUUGUGAAGAGGAGAGUUCUUUUCAAAUUUCAAAUUGUAAAAUUAAUUGUGCUACUCUAUCGUUUUUAAUUUAAAUUCUUUUGUUUCCUUAAUAUUCAGAAAAAUAAAAUAGCGUGUAUAAGACUUUGCUAUCUGAGGACUACCCUGGGUACCAGACUCACUAUAUAUAAAAUAAAAUAGAGAGUCUGGUCUAGUGUGCCCAAUUCUCGUUCUGGUGUGCUGAUAUUAACCAAUCAGGAGUGAAUGUACAGAUUUCUGUACGUUCAAAGGUCACAGCGUAACAAUAAACUCAGCUCUGGUGUAAAACAUUGAACAGAAAACAACAUAAAUAAAUGCUAGUGACCGUAACGAUUGAGUUUGAAGAUGCUGUUAAAACUGUACUCAAAGAAUAUCUUCCGUAUGUUGUGGAACUCAACACAGAACAGCCUUGAAAGCCUUGUUUUUAGAGAGAAGAGACACCUUCUCCAUAUUGCCAACUGGCUUUGGAAAGUCUCUAAUAUUUCAGGCUGUACCUCUCAUUGCAAAGAAAUUAGGCCUUGUAGUGAAAUGCAGUAAAUAAGAAACACCGCAAGACGAAGAGAACAAACAACAACAAACACAAGUAAAAUCAGUUAUGGCUAAUUUUUCGCCCGGCAUACAGGGCUUCACUUGUCGCAUUGGCCAUAUUUGCUAUGGUGAACUUCCAACAUGAUGAUUCUAUCUUAUGCAACUAAUAUCUAUAAACCUGCUAUUUUUCACAGUGUUUCAUUUGAACCUGUUUCCAGGACUCUGUUAUACUGUACAAUUUAGGCAUUAACUUUUUAUAAUUUAUAUACUCAAAUUAUAACAUUAACUUUUGUUUUGAUUGAUAGAGGCAUGAAACUAUACAUUUUUCUCAAAAAAUAUCUAUAAUUGAAAGCAUGCUACAAUUUUUGAAACAUUUUUAAAGAACAGAGUUGUAAGGAGAGAUCAAGACUAGUCAACUAUCUCAUGUCUUUUGAUCACACCCGUUUCAAACCCAUUACUAUUGAGGAAGGCUCUAUAGUAAAUUGCUAAGGAAGGGAGUUAAAUUAAACAAGACAAUAGGGUAGUAGGGUAGUGAACAAAGACCCACCUUCUCUUACCAAUGCACAGUAGUCAAAACAACUAGGAUAUCAUUUAUCUUCCAUGAAUAUAAAGCGUGUCUUUUAUUACCUUCCACAAUUUUAAUUUCGCUUAUGACGUGUUAAGGUGAAGAAAAAUUACCAGACAAGGUCAAUGGAAAAAAACGACCCUUCGCUAAAAUUUAAUCCAGUAAGAAUGGACCCUAUAUUAAGCGAUCUAAUUUUUGAUUCAUCUAUAACACACUUUCACGCUUGUUGACUUUCACAUGUUUUUUCAAGCUUGUUUAUCUUGUUAAUAUCAAAACACAUAUGUGGAUAAAUAAAGCACAAAAUUACAUAGUACUUUCGACCUUUUACUAAAAUCAUCUAAUUUGACAUUCAAAGAAUUUCGCCAACACAUGAGGUCACCAAGGGUCUCAAGACGGGUUCCUGACUGGUCAUUUGCCAUGAGUCGUGGGCAAGUGAUUGGUAAUGUAGUGGUGAUGAAAAUAAACCCACAAUUGUACAGAGAGUCUUCGUGAGGUGAAGAAAUAGAUUUGUCACAAGCUCUUUAAAGUAUUUCGUGAAAUUUUGAUUAUUCAGACAAGGUCUGCCAAACGCCUUUUUAAACUGAUGUGUAUGUUAAGUUAUACACUAUAAUUAUCAUACAUUACAGCCUCAAUCAUGAAAGAGGAACGGUAGAGAGAAAGCACCAUGUCAAACCAACUGGCAAGGUUAGCGUAGUUUCAUGAACUCUAAAUGGAAUUAAUUAUUUAGUGCUGCUGGAAACAGCUCUGAAAUUUCCAUAAAUCAAGUUUAUUUAAUGAUCACCAUGAUUUCUUCCUAGAAGAGAAGCAACUGAAAAAAGCGUAUGCCCCUGCCAUUUUUGUUAGUGUAUAAAGCCUUAAUUUGAUUGAAUAAAAUCGAUCCAAUAAACUUUUCUUGUAAGCUUACAUAUAUUGAUACGUGAAAUCCUCUAAGAGAAGCAGAGUAAGCUUCCAGAACUUUCCACAGUGUCUCACAUUAACAAUCAAAUAAAAUCAAUCCAAUAAUUUUCCAUUCACUUAAUUUUUCAUGCAAUCUGAAAAACAAUCUUAAAAAUGUUAUAAUUGUUAAUAACUUCAUAUACAUAGGAAAACAACAGAGAGGUUCUGCAGGCAACAUACCUACAUUCUAAUGCCAUCGUCGUCAAAAAAAGAAAUCCUUCGAUCAAAGUCAGGUAGAAAUAUUGGAUAAAAUUCAUAUUGAAUCGUUUAGUUUUCUUCACUUUCUGAAUCACAUUUUCAAUUAAAAGAGUUAGCUUUAUUAAGACAUUCUAAUGAAACAAUAUUCCUUUUUUCAGUCAAAACCUGACUUCGCCAAUAAGCAACAGCCGAAGACGAAAGGGAAUGAGAACGAGCCAAAACCAAAAGUUAGAACCAGUCUUUUUUAAAAGAAUUUCAGGUUUAUUAGUUUGUUCAUAUUGAAUCCUUUUGUUUUCUUCACUUUCUGAAUCCUAUUUUCAAUUAAAAGAGUUAGCAUUAUUCAGACAUUCUAAUAAAACACUAUUCUUUCUUUCAGUCAAAACAUGACUUCACCAAUAAGCAACAGUUGGAGACUAAAGGGAGCUCAGUUCUUAGACAAAGAUGCUGUGGAGGUGCAAGGAGAAGAUGGUCUAGAAGUAGCAUAGGUUUAGCAAACUUAUAUGUAGUUAUAUGCAAAAAUUGCACCUGGUCCUCUGACAGCACGCCUAGCAAUUACAAUUGGCCUGGCAUUAUUUCUGAUUUGUACAAUGGUGUGAAUGGUCGAAAAAAAGUUGUUGUUGAGCAGGUGCGAGAUUUGUAUUAUAAAAAGAAGUCUGCAGUUGAUCAAGCUGCAUUCACUUUAUAUACCCGUAGUAAUCCAAUGGAAAAAAGGUUAACAUUCCAUUUGGGAAAGAAAAUGGGGGGUAUCAAAUCACAUAUGAAGAAGGUCGUAUGGCCAAGGGUAUCGAAAAAUGAAAGAAAUAGUAGACAAUCAUGCCACUGUAAUUGAUGCAACGGAUAUGAAUACCCCAAGCUCCCCCUGCUUAAUCAUAACAAGUAUCCCAAAGACAGGAUAUAAGUCUGGAAAUAUUUAGACAGGGUUUGACAAAGGACAGCAACAGGAAGACAAUGUGUACAAAGACAAGGGCAUAAAUGACAGUAACCAAAACAAAUCAAUGUCUACCCGAUAAUAUUCUGAAUCGAUAGGGGGUAAAAGGUAUGGGAAAAGCUGUAUAUUAGCUAUUGAGAAGGUAUCCAAAAAGGGUAAGAAGUUUCACUCUAAUAAACAGGCUAAAGUGUUGGUAUUAUCUUAGGUGAAGCUAUAUCUGUUUAUUGUAAACAAGUAUUGGGGACACAAACGAAAAGCAAAACCUUGUCCCCAGGGAAUGAUUUUCUUGCAUCAUCACAAAGCACUGAGAGCGAUGAAUCGCACUUAUCAGAUAACAUAGAGGUCGACACAAGUUUAUCUGACACUGACAAUCCCGAGGCAGGCCAUCAACCCUACAGAAAAGAACUAACCAAAGCUCUCUCAAGGUCAAAAUAUGGUUAAAAAGAUUUUGUGGCUAGGAUUACAAAGUCCAACAUGGAAGUCCCUCUACCUCCUGAUUGGCAAUCCAUCCUCCUUUCUGACCAGUAGAACAAGAGCUCUAACAAUACCUCAAGAAUUUAAUGUGAACGGAAUGAAUUAAUCAGAGGACUUUCUAAAAAUGUCAAUAAGUUUUGUGUAUUUAAGUUCGGAAAUAAACAUAUUCAGAAAUCCUCUUCUCGAAAGUGGAACACGGAUUUAAUCAAAGGCAGAGCUUCAUGUUGCAUAAGUAACUGUAAGUUCAACGUCCUUUACACCAUACAAACUAUAGAUUCAAAUAACAUUCAUUUAAAGCUUACUGGGUACAUCCUCCAUAAAAAAGGGUUGAUGGCUGCAGAAAGUAUUACUGGUCAGAAAAAAAAAUAAUUUGCGAGCUCUCUUUCAGGAGGAAAGAACACUUCUGAAAAACAUCGCCUAGAUUUAAGUAACAUGGAUCCUGAUUUGUUUGCUGCUGGGAACAUGACUGAGGCGAGUAAAACCACAUUGCCUACCAGCAGGUAGCUACUAAGGCACAGAAGGACGAGAACGAUUUAGAAAAUAUUUUCAGGAAAGUAAUUGCUCUUGAGAACGAAAUAAAAACCUCUGACGAAGAGCAGGCUAUGAAGCAGUGUGUGACAUUUAGAAAUCAUUUUGGAUAUAUUCAAAGGCCAACUGUAACAGCAGAUGAAAUAAGCAUCACUUUGGUAGAUGAACCGAUGGCUAGCGCCAUGUUCAUUGAUGCUACAGGCUCAUUAGUUAGAUCUAUCCAAGGAUUCAAAAAAAUUCUAUACUACACAGCAACUAUUCAGCACCAUCUCAAUAAAUCUCCCCCCGGUGCCUGUUGUGGAAUUUAUAUCUACAAACCAUGAUCAAUUCUUGAUAAGAAGAUUUAUAAACACUCUCCGGGAAAUGGAAAGUAUGAAAUAUGGACACGAUAAGGCAGUUAAUCCAAGGCUAAUUGUCCUUGACUAUAGUAUCGGAAUAAUUAAUGCUUGUCUUUUGGAAUUUUCUGGGGAAUCUAUGACAGAUUAUUUAAACAGGGCAUUUAGAGUUAUACACGGCAGUGCUUGUCAAUCUGAAUUAAACAAAACAUUUUUGCAUAUAUGCUCAUUCAAUAUAAUGUGCCUAAACAGAAUGCAUGCAUCGAAAGAGAACUCUGGUGGGGAGGUUUUAGAAAGUUGUGUUCAUUUUGCGAUGAGGUUAUUUGGAUGUUUUAUAAACUGUAGAACCUUAGAUGAUGCAUGUUCUUUAAUUAGAGACAGUACUUCGAAAAGCAAACCUAUAAACAAUGAAGUACGUUUGGCCUUACAACAAAUUGAAGAUAGCAUAAACAUAUUGGAUCCCAUCACUCCGAAUGAUGGUUUUGAAAAAUAGGGAGGACAAUGAAACCAAAUUUACCAUUAAUUUAUUAAGUAUCAGGACCCUAAUGAUAACAGUACAUUUUGUACUGAUAGGUUAUCCUGUUAAAACAUUCGAUUAUUAUUAUUAAGGGGGAGAUGAUGAAAUCUCCAAUUUUGAUGUUCAGAUAACUGAGCCAAAGUCGGAAUUUCAUGAAUAUUGGGAAAAAAUAAUCCAAAAAAUUAAUAUUGAUAUAGAUAAAGAUGUGACAAGUGAAUCAUGGCUGAAUCGUUAUUUCAUGCCCAAUUUCUCCAACUGGCUUCAUAAGAAAAUUUCACACUUUGCACUUUGGAGCAACCUGCUUCUAGGCGACAUUCAGAAAUUUAAUUCGACGUAUGAAUGUGAACUGCCAAUAACUAAAGCAAACACUGUUGCCAAACAAUUUUUCUGUCUAAAAAAGCGAAACAGAAAAUAUUUGGGACAGUCUCUGUUAGAAUUUAUUCGCAACUGUUGGCAAGACAACCCUGGAUUGCAAAGACAAUUCAUAAUUGGCCUUAGGGAGUAUAUCUGGAAACAGAGAUUGAAAGCGCAAACCAUUUAAUAAAAUUAAAAAACUUUUAACCUGUUACAAAGAUACAAGCGGUGGCAAUAGCAAAAUUCAAAAGGAUGCUACAAACGUCUCUUUUUUGAAUGAAACAUGGGGAAAAAAGAAGAUGAAAAGUUUAAAACGCCAGAAAAACAAGGUACAUUUCAAAAACCACCCUUGAAAAAAAUUGAAAUUUAACCCGAGAAAAGCAAAGAAGGUAGCUUACCUUGCUUUCAAAGUGCAAAAACAAAAAAAGGAGUUAGGCAAAAACUUAUUUACUGUACUGAUAUGCCCCUUAUUAUAAUGGACUCAUAUACGCUCAUGUAACCGUUUACUUAGUUUUGGAUUGAAUUAAACUACAAGUUAGUUGUUGAUGUGUUCUAUUACAGUUGAGUCGAAAGUAUAAAGAGAGUCUUUUAUCUUGCAUCCUCCUACGGUAAUCUAUUACAAAUUUGGAUUGUAAUCAAAUUUACAUUACUCUCAGGUUAUGAUGAUCCAUUAUAUAAAGAAAGAUAGCAUGCUUAAUUUACGCAAAAAGGUAGUUGAACAUGUUUUUGUUACCUAAGGCAAUUGUUACCUAGGGAUUGCAAAGAAAAGUUUGAUGAGUCUGCCAGAAGUAGAAGAGAGAACUGUGCUUUUUGCGAUAGUAGCGAAGUAGAAGGCAGCUUUGGUGAAAUUACUUGGGUCAUGUGUGAUACAUGUGAUAAAUGGUGCUAUAAUAAAUGUGUGGAUAUAGAUGUGUUGUAAUCAGAGUCUGUGUCACUCUACGUAUGCCCAAACAGUCAUCAAGACUUUCAUCAAGGCCUGCCCAUCUUAAUAGCCUUGUUUAGAUCCAAAAAUAUAAAUUAUCUACACAGCAUAGAAAAUCCAUUUUUGAUAUGGUUGCAAAUGGGAAACAAGGAUAAAGGGAUAUUUCAUGACAACAUCAUUCCAGUUUUAACAAAGGAUUUGCCAUGCAUAGGGGAUUUACAAAUUUUAAGCAAGAGGAGUACCAUUAACAAAAAUAACAAUUGUUGGACUAAUUCCACUUUUUAUAUCAUUUGCGGUUCAAUGCCCCCAAAACUUCUCCCAUCAAGAGAAUCAUGCUAGACAGACGUCUGUAAGUCACUUCUAAAAAUCCGCAAUGAACUACAAAAUUGCAACAAAGCUUCCACUCCCCUCAAAUUCACGACAGAUAUGAAAGUGAUUGUAAGAAAAUUCAGGAAUUGUGACCAAAGAGAGCAAAGUCACACGAUGAUGAAGCGAUUUUGUAGAGGAAAUUUUAACGCACUGGAUUAACAAUAGUGGGAUUGAUAAAAUUUUCAUAUGUAAAACUUUAACAGUCAGUGUUUGUAGGGCAUGUGGGAAAAGUGACUUCAAUUUCCAAGGUCAAGUUGUCUUAAUGAUUCCUAUAUCGCAAGAUUGUAUUCCAAACAUUUCAGCUCAGUCAUUGCUAUGGGAUUAUGCAAAAAGCAAAGUAUUUUCAACACUUUUUCUUGCGCAUGCUCCACAAACCAACUGCAAUUAGAGACCAGAACUUACUUUUUAAGAUUGCCAGUUGCACUAUUCUUGUUAAUCGAAAGGGGUAGCAAUUAUCAAACCGUUAUUCAUACCACUGUCACGUAAAUGCAAAAAUCAACUUGAAAAUUUUAUUGCCAGGUAAAUUCAGUAGUGAGUCUGCUCCAUAUCAUCUUGCUGCUGCACUAGCAGAUCACGAGGAAUUGAAUUCGUCGAUAGCAAACAAAUACCAGUUUUAACUAACUGAUCACCUUUAAGAUGUUAUUUUGGGCUUGAUGCCUGUUCCCAGUGCCAAUCUCCCUCUCGAAUCCUUGAAAUCAAUCAUAGGUAAUGGAAACAUCCAUGGUGAUGUUAUUCAGGAAUUUUUUAUGUAUUUUGCAUUUAGCAUAGUUGAUAAAUGUCAUGUCCAGCUGCUACUGACGCAAUUCAUUUCAGCAAUUUUACAAAAGCAGGAAACUGGACAUACCCUCUCUAAUUCAAUUCAACAAAAUGACAUGAUUUUUACCGCAGAUAUCAUUUUAAUUCCAUUUCAUCAUGAGAUUGCAAAAAACGGCCAUUGGAGCAUCAUUGCCAUGUUUCCAAAAUAUAAAAUUAUAACCCAUUGCGAUUCUGCGGGGAAUGCGAGAAGUAAAGAGCAGACUUUAUCUGCAAUCAAUGUGUACCUCUGCAAAGCGUUGACAUUUGCAUAUAAAACAGAGGAAAUGAACCAAUGACAAUUUUUAGAACUAAGUGAAGUAGGCCUGCAGCAACAACAUGAUUAUUAUAGCUGUGGGGUGUUCACUUGCAUCAACAGUUAUAAUUCAUCAACAAACUUUGAUAUAACUGUAUUUCCCGAAUGUCUGUCAGCUAUACAGUACUGGACUGUCUUUCAAAUACAGUCAGUAAAGCAAAAUACAGUUUUGUUGGGGAUGAAGCAUUUACUUUGAAGGAAAAUUUACAGCGUGCGUAUCCAGGAAGAAAUUCAAGUGAGAAACUGUGUAUUUACAACUACCGACUUUCACAUGCUAGAAGGGUAGUCAAAAAUGCCUUUGGUAUACUUUCUGCCUGCUGGAGAUUUUUUAGAUCUCAGAUUCAGGCACAGCCAGAAAAAGCAGUCAACAGUGUUUUGGCAGCUAUUGCUCUGCACAAUUGGCUCAAAAAGCAUGAGGAUUCUCAACAGUAUGGAAAAUCCUCAACAACAGAUUCUCAAGGAAGGAUGGGUAUGGAAAAGUCUUUUGCCCAACUGGCUAUGUCGAUUAUGAGGACUCUCAUGGAAUCCUGCAUAAAGAAACGUGGAGAUCAGAGGUUACUGAUAAUUGUGCGUUACAAAACAUAAGUAACAUUGGACCAAAUAAUUAUGCUAAAACUUCUGAACGCAAUCGAGCAUUAAUAGCUGACUUCUUUGUUACUCCUCAAGGGGAACUUCCAUGGCCAUGCAAUCUCGUAACAUUUAGAUAAAUAUUCUUUGUAGCAUGAAAAAGCCUUAAUUUAUUAAAAAAAUGAUUUUAAUGUUUUUACAUGUUUUAUUCGUAUAUCCGUUGGUUAACUGUUUGAUGGAUAAAUGUUUUUGUUAUGAAGGCUUUGCUCCAUUCUACACAUGUCCCAUUGCGCUAAAAUAGCACAUCAAUAGUUUUUACUAAAAAUAUCGCAGGUAAUUUUAGUGCAAAGGAUAAAAGCAUGACUUUUGCAACAAGCAAAAAAACUAGUUAUUUACUCAGCAUAUUAUUCAAUGAAUGUCAGAGCAGUAAAAAACUCCAAUACAAGAACAGUUUUUUAAAGAAUAUUUGGCUGGAAAUUGCUAAAAUUUAGGAGUGAAUUAUAAAAUAAUAGACUGGCUAAAACGUUUGGUUUAAUAAUCUGAUUUUCCCCGCAGGUUAAAAAAGGGGUUUCCUAAUGUGCUAAAUAAAGGGCGAAAAUGCCCCUCUAGUCCAGUUACUUUCUAUUUGACUAUUGUCUGCCUUUUCCUAAGAAAAAAGGCUUAACCCCCAUGUCAAGUCCACUAUAAAAGGAUUUGGGUUUCAAACUUCAUAUUGCAUUUUAAACUACUAAUCGAAAAAAGGUUUGAUUUUCAUAAGAAAUUGAUUCGUUUCUUGUUUCAUACGUGAUGGUGUUAAUAAAGGAGUUAAUAAAGGACAAGUAAAAUGUAUACUUCGACUGAAUGUUGAAAAUUGUUGCGAAUUUUUGGGCUCAUGAAAAAGUACGUAAAAUAUUACUGGAGUCUGGAGUCCUAACAGAAUAUAAAGGAUACACAACAAGUUGACAACAAAUAUGAUUAAUGCCUCAAUGGUUUAUUUAUCAGAUAGCUUGUCUUAAGUCAUGUUAAGUUAUGUGAUUUUAAGUGUCAUUUUAAGUGAAUUUAUAUCAAAGAAUGUGUUUAAUCUCAGAGCAAUAUCAACACAGAUUAUUUUAACACUUCACAACUUGUCAGUCAAUUCUUUAAAAAUAUUUAUCAAAUCCAUCAAUGCAUUGCUUUCUUGUCGCUCUUCCUCGAUUUGGCUUAGGGCGCUUCCUACUCACAAUAAAUCUCUUACGUAAAUGCAGCAAAGUUCAAAGAAACGUAGAAAAGUUUUUUAUCAAACAAAGUAAUAAUGUUAAGUUUGUGUUGAUCUACUUUAAAACAGUGUUAAUAGUUUGGCUUAGAGCUCCAUAGCACUUCAUGCAGAACCUUCUGAAUUUUGAUCUUUGCAAGACCCUUUUCAAAUUCAGACAACUUUUUCAAGUCUUUGCCAACAAUUUGUCCAAAUAAGUCAUCCUCAUCGAGCUCCCCUUUCUUUGACAUAGUAGAAAUAAAUUCAUUUGUCCCUGCAAGCACCUUCAUGAGGUAAAGUGUGCUGUCCUCAUGAUCCUGAUUUUCUAUUUUUCUUCGGCUUCUUUAGAACAGCACUCUCUGAGAAUCCGCUGUUAUUAUCUGGCGUGUUAAGAUUCUCAGUAUUUGAA